AUGUCAGGAAAAGUGUUCAGCCUGGCUCUGCUGCUCUUCAUGCUACAGCUGGAGAGAGGAGAUCAUCUGAGAAGCCCUCAUCCCGACAUCCCCGAUAAAGACCUGUUCUGGGGUGCGGACCAAUAUGACUUUGCUGUGGUGUUGCCGGCCACUGCGCUGGAGUGUUUCUGGCACUUUGCGCACCAUGGCGAGCACUUCUACCUCAACUUCAUGGUUCAGUGGGUGACGGGCGUGGCCAAUGACAGACACCUUUCCGUCACCGUCAACUCCCCAAAAGGGCUACUGCUGAGCAAGGUCGAUGAUUCCACCGGUCAGAUUGGAUUUGAUGCAGAGGAGACAGGUUUCUAUCAAAUGUGCUUCAGCAAUUUUCACAAUCGCUUCGGCAGCAUGCAGGUGUUUAUGAGCUUUGGAGUGUACUAUGAUGGACAGGUAGAUGCCGACAGACAGAAAGAGGAAGAGAAGAAGAAGAAAGAGGAAACCAACAAACAGCUUAAUGACACACUGACGACGAUUGAAGACAGCUCAGUCAAAGUGCAGGGUCUUGUUUUCCACAUGUGGCGUCAUUACAACUUUGGGCGUAUGAGGAGGGGAGCGGACUACUACCUGCUCCUGUCCAAUGGAAACUACGUGAGGUACUGGUCUGCAGCCCAGAGCAUAGUCAUCAUCCUGGCUGGGUACCUGCAGCUCUUUUUCCUAAAGAGACUCUUCCACACCAAAACCACCACAGAGACGGACAAGCCACGCUGCUGA